AUGUUCCCUCGAAGGUCAACCAGGUUAAAUGAGUCCAAGUUGGAUAUACAGACAUUGGAAAAUCCACUGGCAACCUCAUAUUAUGUUCAGAAGAAGAAAUCCGAGAUCAAACCCAGGCGUGGAGCUAAUUCGUACAAAGACCUCAAAACCCCGUCAAAAUUGAAGCGAAAGAAAGUUAUUGAUUCAAUUUCAAAGAGUAUUUCGAAGGAACCGUCACUUGUCUCUUUCGUUUAUGAAGAUAAACCCGUUCACCCUAAGGUCAAAAGCAAUACAGAGUGCUAUUCAACCAAUUAUAACCACGAUUCUAAGUCACCAACAUUAUCUGUAGCACAAUAUGAUUCGACGGAUAUUCUUGAGAAAGCAAAAGCGCACUUAAUUAGUGUAGAGCCAAAGUUGAAGAAUAUCAUUGAGCGAUACCCGUGCGAUUUAUUCUCCCCUGAAAGUAUUAGAUGCAAGGUGGAACCAUUCAAGGCUUUAUCAUGUUCUAUAAUCUCUCAACAAGUAUCAACUGCUGCUGCAAAAAGUAUUCAAAAUCGAUUUGUAGCUUUAUUUAACCCACUCACUCGAGAUAUUACUCAUCAUGAUUUUCCGACACCGUCUCAAAUUUACAGUACAUCUCAUUCUCUCCUCCGUACAGCAGGCUUAUCGCUACGCAAAACAGAAUAUAUCAAAGGUCUAGCCGAAAAAUUUUGUACCGGCGAGAUAGAUGCUACGAUGUUAUAUAAUGCACCGUAUGAACAGGUUUAUGACACAUUAAUCAAAGUCCGGGGGCUAGGUAAAUGGAGCAUCGAGAUGUUUGCAUGUUUCGGGCUCAAACAUAUUGACAUAUUCUCCACUGGAGAUUUAGGUAUACAAAAAAACAUGGCAGCCUCUAUUGGUCGGGAGAUUAGCGAUCUCAAGGUAAAAAGCGGCAAGUGGAAAUACAUGAAUGAGAGCGAGAUGCAACAGAUAGCGGAAAAGUUCAAACCAUACAGAAGUGUCUACAUGUGGUACAUUUGGAAAAUGAGUAAAAGUACUGAUGCACCUGGCCUCUGA